AUGGCAGCCUCGUAUUCCUUGCCGUCGUCGGCAUUGCCGCACGCUCACCGGGUUCACACACAGUCCCAGCCGGCAUCGCUCAACACCUGGCGAAUGACGGUGUCAAGCGAGAGUCUGCCCUCUGCGCUGGAGGACGACGAGGACCAGGGCCACGAUCACGAUCACGAUCACGAUCAUGAUCACGACCAUGACCAUGAUCACGACCACAAUUACGAUCAUAGCCGCUCCCAUUCCCACUCCCACCCGCGCUCGCAGGCGUAUUCCAUCCCGCCGCCGUUACCCUCUCCCUCGCACUUGCACGCGCACUCCUUCAGCUUCCCACGCCAUGGCCGCAGCGGCUCGCAAACCUCCAAUGCAAGCUCCACCGAGAAGCCGUCAAUAGGGGGCACAGUGAGUUGGUCUCAGGCGAGGAGGAACCGCUAUACACCAGAAGUUAUUGACGAAUCUGCUCACGACCAUGACCAUGACCACGACCACAAUCAUGACCAUAGCCAUUCCCAUUCCCACGACCAUAGUCACAGUCACCAUCAUGGCCACGACCACACCCACGAGGCCGGCCACGACCAUAGCCCCAAGCGGUCUCUCUUCACAAGAACAAUCCUCCCCUACACGGUUGGAUGGCCCAUUCUUUAUUCCAUAAUAGCCGAGAAAGAUUCAAGGCGGAUAUUUUACUUCAUGUCGCUCAACUUUGGUUUCAUGAUCAUCCAAGCCUUUUAUGGCUACGUAACCGACUCGCUGGGCCUUCUCAGCGAUAGUAUCCACAUGUUCUUCGACUGCGUUGCCCUGCUCGUAGGAUUGCUAGCAGCUGUCCUGAGCAAGUGGCCGAAGAGCCAGCGGUUCCCAUACGGCUUUGGAAAAGUUGAAACGCUGAGUGGAUUCGCCAAUGGCAUUCUGUUAAUGCUGCUGAGUGUUGAAAUUGCGUUUGAGGCAUUCGAGAGAUUGUGGGAAGGAACACAAACAAAGCGGCUGGGCGAGCUCUUCGUUGUCAGCAGCCUUGGAUUGGCCGUGAAUUUGGUUGGCAUGAUGGCGUUUGGACACCACCAUCACGGCUCACACUCGGGCCACGACCAUAACCAUGGCCAUGGCCAUGACCACGACAAUGAAAAUAUGCGAGGCAUCUACCUGCAUGUUUUGGCAGACACUUUGGGCAGUGUCUCAGUCAUUGUAUCUACAGUUUUGACGAGCUUCUGGGGCUGGGCUGGGUGGGACCCGCUUGCUUCGUGCUUCAUUGCCGGUCUCAUCUUUUUAUCUGCACAACCACUCGUGUUUUCAUCAGCGAAGCGUCUGCUUUUGACCGUUCCCGAGGGUGUCGAGUACAACUUGCGGAACAUUCUUGCCGGCAUUGGACAACAGCGAGGCGUUGUGAGCUACGCGACCCCGAAAUUUUGGAUGGACGAUCAUGGAGGUAAUCAGUUAUUGGGCGUUGUUCAUGUUACGGUGGCCCGCGGCGCUGCCUUGGAGGAGACUAAAGAUCGUGUGCGAGAGUAUCUGCUAAAGGAGGGCAUUGAUGCCGUCAUACAAGUGGAAAGAGAUGGAGAUAAUGGAUGCUGGUGUACUCGCGGACGAGCUCCAACCAACCCGCCGCAGAUGUCCAAGCAAUUCUAG